AUGUGGCCGGCCGGGCGCCAGCUGGGGGCCCUGGUCUGGAAGAACUGGCUGGUCAGGUGCCGGCACCGGGUCCUCUGCCUGGCGGAGUUCCUCUGGCCGUGCGUGCUGUUCAUCAUCCUGACGGCUCUCCGUUUCCAAGAGCCACCCCGGCGCCGGGACACCUGUUACCUGCAGCCCCGGGACCUGCCCAGCCGGGGCGUCCUCCCUUUCGUGCGGGGCCUCCUCUGCAACACGGGGGCGCGGUGCCGGAACACGAGCGGCCCGCCCAGCCAGCGCCAUCUCCGAGAGGAAGCGUUCCGAGCCACAGCUGCCCCUAACAAGAUCCAUGACCUGGUCUUCUUACAAGAGAUGCAGGACCUGGCCGAUGGCGUGCGUGAAGUGAUGGCCGAGGCAACAAACUUAAAACAGCUCUGGGCAGAACGAGGUUCUUAUGGCUCCACCUUCUUAACAGUGGAUCUCAAUAAGACCGAGGAGGUGAUCUUGGCACUGGAAAGCCUUCAGCAGCAGCCCCAAGUCUGGGACUUCCUGCUUUUACUGCCCAGACUGUUCGCAGGCCACAUCCCCGCUGACGAUGGCCUCCGCGGUGCGGCACGCCCCCUGCAGGCUGUCUUGAAUUCCUUAACGGCUCUGGAAGAGCUAGAUCAGCUGCCACUCAACCCUGCCACCUCCAGGGUUUCCAAAAUGGUGCUGAAGGCGACCAUUUCCGCGCUGGCGUUCCCGCAGGAUCAUGGAGUAGCAGCUGCUGAGGCGGGGCGCAGCCUGUCCCUGCGCAGCCUGCUGCGGGCCCCGCAGGAGGUCCGGGCGGACCUGCAGUCCCGAUUUGGAUUUGAUGACCUUCAUGCGGAACAAAUCCUGAAUCACUCAGCCGAGCUGAAAGAGAUUCCCACAGACAGCUCACUGGAGCGGAUGGUGUGCUCAGCCUUGUCCCAGGCCUCCGCGGACGAAGCUGACGGAGAGGGUCACCCUGGAGACUGUCACGCCCGCUGGGCAGCAGCCAAAACCUACCUGGUCCACGCGGUCAGCUGGCUGCAGGUCUACAAACAGGUGCUCCAUCGGUGGCCGGCGGGCGGCCUGCUGCAGCAGGUGCUCAUAGGGGCGGGCCUCGGCCGGGAGGCGCCCAGGAGCCCGCCGGGGGGAGAAGGCACCCUGCAAGAGGUGGCGGAAGCUUUGCAGAUGGGGCUGCUCCUGCUGACAAGCAGCGAGACAACAGAGGAACUCGGCAGCCACGCACCUCCAGAGGCGGUCUUAAAUUUCAGCAGGAAACAUCUCAUGAAGAAAAAGAAGUUGUAUGCCCUUACGGAUGAACAACUGAACUUUCUUUUGUCCUUGGUGGAAUUUUUGGAGAAAUUGUUGUUGCCUAACCUUUUGGACUCAUCCAGCAGUCCCACGAAGACUAUUCUAAAUGCAACUCAUUCCUGGAUAAAUCACUUAAAGGAUUUAGGAAGAGAACCAUCUGGUAUUGAUACUCAGAAACUUUUGGAAUUUGGCCAAGAGGUGAUUGAAAAAGUGCACACUCUUGAAAAGAUGGAAUCAAGCUAUGUUUUGAGAUUUAUGGAAGCAGUACUUUCUGAAAUUAACCCCAAAGUCCUGGAAUUGUGGGCAUUCGGCAUUUCCAAAGGAAAGAGAACUAAAUUCAAAAACUUGUCUACACUUUCAAAUUUUUCUGUUUUAGGAAAUGAGAGGAUUCUUAGUAAAAGCUUUAAUUUUUCCAAGUUGUUUCGCUCGGAUUGGCCUGAAUCAUCAGCUGUGAAAAUGGAUUUUGUUCAUCUAAGUGAAUCUAUAAUCCACCGUCUCUAUGAACUUGGAUUCCUGAGGCAGGAGCAAGUCUCAGAUGUCUACGACUUCAUAGUCCUUCAGGGCAUAGGCAUUCCUCAUGUCACCAAGGAAGACUUUAUGUUUAUGAUGAAAACUCUCCUGGACACCAUUGAAUUAGUAUCAGAUAAGCCAGGGGUUCUUGCCAAGGUUGUAACUUGCCUUCCUGUGGUUUGGUGCUGGAAUCACACAAUAUCUGGAUUUCAGCAGAAUCCAGAGUUAGAAGCCUGUAAUGGCCACUUCUACAGCAAAAUGGCUAGUAUACUUGACCACUUCCAACUGUCUCCCCCAGGUGAAGUGUCACAAUGUUCAAAUGAAAGCUCCCGGAUGGAAAUUACCAAGAAAAUGGUCUGCGUAAUCCAUGAGCUAGUGGACUGGAGCUCCAUUCUUCUAGACCUGUCUGAAGUCUUCCACGUUAACGCCUCGCUUAUGAAAACUGUGCAAGAAUUUAGGCAGAAGGUGUUUCCAUUUGUCCUAUCUGGAAACCAGAGCAAAGAUAGCACUUCUGCACUCUGUCCCCCUGGUCUCAUGAAGCAAGUUGCUUUACAAAUCAUAGAAACAUUUAGAAACGUCAGCUUUACCAAAGCCUCAUCAGAUGAAAACAUUCUUGAUAAAUUAGCUCUUUUAAACAGGAUCCUUAACAAUGAAGGUUCAGAGGCAUCUCUUGGGAAUCUUUCCUUAAGUUUGGGAAGGAUGAUAAAAUCACUUUCUGGGGAUGAGAGCCUAGAAAAUAGAACUCGCGCUGUAGUCUCUCUAUUCAUGAUGUUUUUGGAUGCAAACCUCCUAGGAGGGAAUUUUGAAGCGCUAUCAAGUUUUAUUAAAAGGAGUAAAACAGCUUACAACUUUGUAGAUCUGUGGCUUGAGUCUGAGCAAGCCAUGAAAGAUCCAAACUUGAAGAGACGAGCCCUGUUCUCUAAAAUUAAUGAAGAGAUUCCAAUGAUUAACUCAAUGGCUCUUCAAAAAAUGACUGUGAAACUUGUCCAUAUUUUGGAAAGCCUGAAUUCAUCAUUGUUGCAGUUGUCAGAAAUGACCGGAGAUUUUCCAUCUGUCACAAAAAUCUGGCUUCGUAAAUAUGCAAGUGAAGAAUACUCCAGAAUAAUACAAAUAUUCUUUUUCCUUAUGGCCAAUGAGAAUUCAACAUUGACUAAAGAUAUUAAUACCUUUUUGUAUUAUCUCAAAAACAUUUCCAGAGGAGGUGGUUCUCACGUUGACCUUUUUGCUCAACUGGUAAACCAAGAACAGUCAACAAAUUUCUCUGUUGCUAAUAGGUUGCUUUUGAAAAGCUUCCUAGUUAAUUCAAUCAAUAACUUAGCUGCAGACUCUCAACAAGCAGCCUGGAACUUAAGUGACACUGACCUUCAGGUCCUGAAUCUCAUUAACCUCACCUUGAACCAGACACCGUUAGAGAAGGGUGAGAGAAUACUCCCUCCGGGAGGCAUGGUGGAGUUCAUGGGACAGCUUUUGAAAACAUUCUUUACCUUUGCUGAAAAGGAAAAUUCUGAGAACAAAACAUCUCUUUUGUUGAAAGACCUCUGCAACAUGUUUGCAGAGAUAAGCUUUGUCCCAAAGGAUAAAGUUUUAGAAAUUCUGAAAGUAGACCAAUUUCUUACCUCCAUGAAAGAAAAGAAAUUGAUGAGCAUUUUUUCAAGGUUAAAGGAGACCAUAAAUCACCUAAUCAAAGGAUGGUUUAUGCCAGAUCACACAGACUUUUAUUUUGAUAAUUACCGAGGAUGGAAGUUCCUGCGAGAUUUCUUUAAUGCUCUUCUAAGUAAAACUUCUGUGAAAAAUAAGACUGAAAAUAACUUGGAGAUUCUUACCCAGGUAAGUCAGUUGUUUUUCCACAUGAAUAGUUCUGCAAACCUGUCCCAGCUCAGCCACCAGCUCCGGGCAGCUCUCCGCCUCAUGCGAGAAGCCUCAGCAGAAAUGGCAGCCGUUAUGGAUUCUCUUUUCAACUCUCCCAGGGAGAACUUCCGAGCCUCGUGUCCUUCACUCCGAGAGGCCAUAUUUGCUAACCUAACCGACCUGCUUUCCUUCAUGAGCCAUUCAUUCCCUCUAAGAAACAGAGCAGCAUUAGACAUCACUAAGAGACUGCUUGGUAUUAUCUCAAGAGCUGGCAGAGGAAGUCCCGUCCGGGAACCUCUCUUGGAAAUGUCUGGGACUCUAGGCCUGCUGGUGAGCGCAACUGUGGAAAUGCAGGAUCUGGCCGCGUCUGUGAACUCCACGGUGGAGCUGCUCCAGCUUGCCAAGAAAGUUUCGAGGAAGAUGGCCACUGUUUUUGAAACUCACCAUGUCUCGGGUACCAAUGGCACUAUGAAAUUCUUUGACACUCUGUAUUCCAUUUUGCAACAGAAUGUUGGAAAUGUUGUGAAUGAAAUAACUGCUUUGAAAAAAGGGGAUCAGUUAGAAUUUGAAAAUAUCAAUGACUUGUUGAUGCCACUCCUGGACUUGGCCUUUGGGAUGAUUGGCAUCAAACCUAACAUUUCCCAAGACUCUGGUAUUUUCAGUAUGUCAUCCAGCAUACUAUCCUAUGUGAACCAGUCCAGGGAGUUUUCUGAUAUUUCAGAAGAAAUUGCUGAAUUUUUAACUUCUGGGGAAAUCAAUUUGGGAGACAUGGAACAUCUUCUGGUAGCAAUUAAUAAUGGAACUCAAAUAUUUUCCCUGGAUUCUGUCAGCGUAUGGGAAGAAAUCCUAGAUUGCUUAAUUUCUAUAAAUAACAUCACUAAGCAGAUAGACUUCCUACGUCCGAAUCCAGUUUCCACUCAUGGUUUCCCUCAGGAUGCUCGAGAAAUGGCGCUGGUUUUGGAUGAAAUGCUGUCACGAGACCGCACAGAGGUAGGGCCCUACUGGAGAAUGGUGACUGACCUGGCCGUCGCUCUUUGGAGUCCCUUAGAGAAGGAUGACUUGAAUGUUUCUAAUCUGUGGCUGACGCUGGCUCCGCACGCAGACGCCCUUUUGGAAGCCGCGGGGACAGUUGCGGAGUCCGCCCAUGGAGGCGACGGGCGUGGAGCCCCGGCUCUCCGCUCCCCUCUGAUGAGGGCGGCCACUCAGCUCCUGGAGGAAGCCGCCCGGAGCGCGCUCAGUGGGGCAGCUCUCCUGAGGAAAGGGCUUCUCUUGAAUAACCCUCAGGGGGUAAGUUCCACCAGAACGGUGCUCCAGGCCGUCUUGGAGAUGUUCCUUCAUGCAGCCGCUGGAAAGAACGUCCCCUCAGGAAGAGGAGAGAAGGCCGAGGGAGAGAGGAUGGCCGUUCCUGACAGCCUCACCCCAUCACCCUGGUUUGAGAACUGCGUGAAGGGGUUGAUUGCAUUGACUGAGUCCUGGCAGGAAGUCCUGGCAGAUGAGAGUGUUGCCAGGAUGUGUCGGGACUCCCAGCAGCCUUCGGAGCCCCCGGCAGCCGCGGAGAGCCCGCAGAGAGCGAGGACGCUGCUGCAGCGUGUGCUGCUCACGCUCACAGAUGUGAAGAUAAAAGACCUGGUGAAGAACAUCACCGCCUUCACCGAGGAGCUCCGAUCUGCCCACCUCUCACCUGAAGCCAUCAGCAGUAUUUUGGAAGCAAAUAUUUCCUGCUCACAGGUCCUGUCGGGCGCCCUGACGCUGGCUCUGUCCGGGAGAUGUGACCGGGACGUGCUGCGUCUCCUGCUGGCCUUGCCUGAGGACGGGAAGGCGCGGUUGGCCGCUAAGGAGCUGUGCGGCCUGCCCGGGGCCGGCGUGUACUCUCUGCUUGCGUCCGUGAGUCGCCACCUGGACCUGCGCAGCUUUGUUUACAAGACGCUCAUGCCGGCAGAGGCCCAGGGUGUGCUCAGCUCCCUGCUGGCCAUCGUCUCCAGGCUCAGCCACUUGCUCCCCAGGGCCAGCCACGUCCUGGAACACCUGCCCAAGUUUCUCCACACGCCCAACAUCACGGCCCUGCUGGACCUGCUCACCGCUCGGCAGGCUCCCCCCGGGGCCCCGGCCGCAAGCUCAGCCCUCGGCUCCUUCCAGGCUGUGGUGACGAUGGUGUGCCAGGAGCAAGAGUCCUUUCUUAGCAACUCUAACAUGUUCCUUAACCUGCCCAGAGUUAACGAGCUCCUAGAAAGUGACAAAGAAAAAUUCAACAUUCCUGAAGACUCAACGCCGUUUUGCUUGAAGCUUUACCAGGAAAUACUGCAGUCUCCAAACGGCGCUCUGGUGUGGGCCUUCCUGAAGCCGGUGUUACACGGGAAGAUCCUGUACACACCCAGCACCCCGGCGGUGCAUGAGGUCAUCCGGAAGGCCAAUUACACUUUCGUGUAUGUGGACAAGCUGAGGGCUCUGUCAGAGACGCUGCUGAGCGUAGCCAGCAGCGCCCAGAGCGGUGGGCACGGCCGGACGCUGGGGCAGCUGCAGGAAGCCCUGAGAAGCAAGUUUAUAAGAAACUUUGUGGAAAGCCAGUUACACAUCAACGUAGACACACUGACUGAGAAGCUGCAGACGUAUGCAGGGGGCCUGGGCCGGAUGCUGAGCCGCCUGGGCACCGCCGACCUCCUCUCCCUGGGCCCCGCGCUGGCCAACCUGUCCUCCUGUGUGCUGCUGGACCGCUUCCAGGGGCUGCCGUCCGCCGCCGCCCUGGAGGCCGCCGCCCACGGGCUCCUGCAGCAGAACCGCCUCCUGGCCAGCGUCAUCUUCAACACCUCGGGGCGCCGCUCCGGCCCGCACGCCCCGCUGCCGCCCCGCGUGGCCUACACCAUCCGGACCAGCCUGCUGUACAGCGUGCGGACGGACCAGGCCGGGAACCCCUCCUGGAAGUCCCACCCCCGGAGCCUGCCGGCCGACGGCUUCCAGUACAACUACGUCUUCGCCCCGCUGCAGGACAUGCUGGAGCGGGCGCUGCUGCGGGUGCAGACCCGGCGGGCGGCCGUGGGGCCCCCGGCGCAGGCGCAGCCCAUCCCGUACCCCUGCCACAGCAGCGACCUGUUCCUGAACCACGUGGGCUUCUUCCUGCCCCUGAUCAUGAUGCUGACGUGGGUGGUGUCUGUGGCCAGCAUGGUGCGAAGGCUGGUGUACGAGCGGGAGAUCCAGAUGGAAGAGUACCUGCGCAUGAUGGGGGCGCCCCCGGCCUCCAGCCUGCUGGCCUGGUUCCUGGAGAACCUGGCUGUGGUGGCGGUGGGCAGCGCUGCGCUGGCCGUGGUGCUGAAAGCCAGCGGCAUCUUCGCACACAGCGACGCCCUCAUCCUGUUCCUCUUCCUGCUGGCCUUCGGGGUGUCGGCCGUCACGCUGAGCUACCUGCUGAGCGCCUGCUUCGGCCGCGCGGCCCCGGCGGCGCUCUGCGGCAGCCUGCUGUACCUGGCCAGCUUCCUGCCCUACAUCGUGCUGCUGGUGCUGCGGGGCCGGCUCAGCACGCCUGCCCAGAUGCUCCUGUGCCUCCUCUCCCCGACGGCCUUUGGACAAGGAGUGUUCUUCGUCACGUUCCUGGAAGGGCAGGAGGCAGGGGUCCAGUGGGGCAACCUGUACCAGCCGUCAGAGCAGGCAGGCCUGGCGCUCGGCUGGGUCUGCGUGAUGAUUCUGGUCGACUCGGGCCUUUACUUUCUAUGUGGCUGGUACCUGAGCAACUUGGUUCCUGGCGCCGUGGGUGUUCGGAAGCCCUGGUACUUCCCCUUCACGGCCUCCUACUGGAGGGGCGCGCGAGGCCUGGCCACCCGGAGGCCGUGCGCCCGCGGUUCCGGGCCCUUCUCCCGCCGGUCAUUGCCUCAGCAUGGGAACGGGGAGCGGGAAGGAGGCCCCCCUGGUGUCACCCUGGUGUCUGUGACCAAGGAGUACCAGCCCCACCGGGCAGCCGUGCGGGACCUGACCCUCACCUUCCACAGAGGCCAGAUCACCGCCCUGCUGGGGGCCAACGGCGCCGGGAAGACCACCAUCAUGUCGCUGGUGACAGGGCUGCAGGCGCCCACCUCUGGGACCGUCCUCGUCGACGGCAGGAACGUGCACACGGACUUGGCCGCGGUCAGGAAGGAGCUGGGGGUGUGUCCUCAGCGCGAUGUCCUGUGGGAUCGGCUCACCGCCCGGGAACACCUGCUGCUCUUCGCAGCCAUCAGGUCACCGCAGCGGAGCCGGGCAGAGCGGCGGCAGCAGGUGGACCAGGCCCUCCGGGACGUGGGGCUGACACCACACCAGCACACGCAGGCCGGCGCCCUGUCCGGAGGCCUGCGGAGGAGGCUGUCCAUCGGCGCUGCCUUCCUGGGCGCCCCGCGGACCGUGGUGCUGGACGAGCCCACCAGCGGGGUGGACCCCUGCUCCCGGCGCAGCAUCUGGGACAUCCUGCUCCGUCUCCGAGAAGGUCGGACGAUCAUCCUCACCACCCACCACCUGGACGAGGCGGAGGCGCUGAGCGACCGCGUGGCCGUGCUGCAGCGGGGCCGGCUGCGCUGCUGCGACGCCCCCCGGGGCCUGGCCGAGGCCUGCGGCCGGGGCCUCCGCCUCACACUCACCGAGCAGCCCUCCCCUCCGGAGCGGGACGGCCGGCCGGACGCGGCCCCCACCACGGCCCUGAUACAGACCCACGUCCCAGGGGCGCUCCUCAGCGCCCGCCGCGGGCACACGCUGACCUACGCCCUCCCCGAGGACGCCGACCGCACCGCCUUCCCGCGGCUCUUCCGGGCGCUGGAGCAGGACCGGCGCCGCCUGCGCCUGGCGGGCUGCGGGCUCGCAGACACCGCCCUGGAGGAGGUGUUUCUGAUGCUUCUGCACGAUCCCAGCAAGGAGAUGGAUGCGGCCCCAGGGACAGGGCUGGAGGCGCAACGCCCGAGGCCUCCAGGGCCCACGCCCAGCUACCACGCCGGUGCCCCUGCCAGCGCCCUCACACAGGUGGCCGCCCUGCUGACCCAGAGGCUGUGCCGCACGCGCCGGGCCUGGAGGGGCGCGCUCUGUGACCUGCUGCUGCCCGUCUUCUUCGUGGCCUUGGCCAUGAGCCUGUUCCUGGUGAGGCCUCUGGCCACCGACUACCCUGCCCUCCAGCUCACGCCCGGCCGCUUCGGCAAAGCCCAGACCUCCUUCUUCAGCAGUGACAGCGAUGGCAUGGAGCUGGCCCGCGUGCUUUUGCGAGCCUUUGGAAACGGGGAGCAGCCCUGCGCCAGCCUCGGACCCGGCCCGACGAACGCCUCCUGUUGGCGCCCGGAGCCCUGGUCUCGCCCCGGAGCCCCGGGGUCCUGCGGCUGCCGGCCCCGGCAGAGCUGCCCCAACGCCAGUGCCCGGGCCCCCGCCCUGACCGACCGCCGGGGCCACACGCUGCUGAACCUGUCGGCCGUCCACCCCGAGGAGUACCUGCUGGUGCCUGCGGAGAGCCCCAGGCUUGGAGGCUGGUCUUUCGGAGGGCGAGGCCUGGAUCCUGCUCAAGAGGCUCACUCACACCGGCCAAAACCAGAACGCCUGGCCAAGGUGUGGUACAGCCAGCAGGCCCCCCAUGCCCUCCCCGCCUACCUGAACCACCUGAGCAACCUGCUCCUGUGGAGGCUGCUGCCACCGGCCGAGGACUGGACACAGUACGGAAUCACUCUCCACAGCCACCCGUACGGAGGGGCCCUGCUGAACGAGGACAAGAUCCUGGAGAGCAUCCGGCAGUGCGGCGCGGCCCUCUGCAUGGUGCUGGGCGUCUCCGUGCUGGCCGCCGCCAUUGGCAGCUCGGCGGUCAGGGACCGGGUGAGCGGGGCCAAGCGGCUGCAGCACCUGAGCGGCCUGGGCUACGGGGCCUACUGGUUCGCCCACUUCCUGUACGACAUGCUCUUCUACUUGGUGUCCGUCGGCCUGUGCGUUGCCGUGGUCGCGGCCUUCGGAUUGCCGGCCUUCACCUUCCGAGAGAACUUGGCGGCCACCGUCCUCCUGCUGGUGCUGUUCGGGUAUGCGACCCUCCCAGCCAUGUACCUGACGUCCCGGCUCUUCCCCAGUGUCGACGGCGCCUUCAUCGCCUACGUCUCGCUGCACUUCGUGCUGGGCCUCUGCACGCUGCUCAUGACCACUAUGCCGCGGCUGCUGGCCGUCGUCACCGGCGCCCAGAACCUGCAGGCCAUCUACGAGGUCCUCAAGUGGGUCUUCACGCUGUUCCCCCAGUUCUGCCUGGGCCAGGGCCUGAUCGAGCUCUGCUACAAUCAGAUCCAGUUCGACCUGACCCGCGGCCUGGGCGUGGACACCUACGCCAGUCCCUUCCGCAUGAGCUUCCUGGGCUGGGUCUUCGUGCAGCUGGCCGCGCAGGGCACGGGGCUGCUGCUGCUGCGGCUGCUCCUGCACGGGGACGUGGUGCGGAGGGCCAGGAGGCGCUGGGCCGUCCAGGGCACCGUCACGGCCUGUGGGGACGCAGACGUGGAGGCGGAGCAGGCGCGGGUGCUGAAGGGGAGAACCGGCGGGGACCUGCUGGUGCUCUGCAACCUCAGCAAGAGCUACGGACGCCGCCGGCCGGCCGUGCGGGACGUGACCCUGGGCCUGCGAGGCGGGGAGUGCUUCGGGCUCCUGGGCGUGAACGGGGCCGGGAAGAGCACCACGUUCAAGAUGCUGAGCGGGGACGAGGCCCCGAGCGCGGGGUACGCCGUGGUCAGGACGCCCGCGGGGGAGGCCGUGCCUCUGUUCACGGCGGGAGCGGCCGGCGUGCGCGUGGGCUACUGUCCGCAGCAGGACGCGCUGGACGGGCCGCUGACGGGCUGGGAGCACCUGCGCUACUACUGCCGCCUGCGGGGGGUCCCAGGGCCCCGCGUCCCCCAGGUGGCCGGGGACCUGGUGAGGCGCUUACACCUGGAGGCCCACGUGGACCAGCCGGUGGCCACCUACAGCGGGGGCACCAGGCGGAAGCUGUCCGCAGCCCUGGCCCUGCUGGGCAAGCCCCACCUCCUCCUGCUGGACGAGCCCAGCUCCGGGAUGGACCCCUGCUCGAAGCGGCUCCUGUGGAAGGCGAUCACCGAGGAGAUUCGGGAGGGCUGCGCCGUGGUGCUGACCUCGCACAGCAUGGAGGAGUGUGAGGCCCUCUGCACGAGGCUCGCCAUCAUGGUGGACGGCAGCUUCCGGUGCCUGGGCACCCCCCAGCACAUCAAGGACAGGUUCGGGGCCGGCCACACCGUCCGCGUGGGGGUCAGCGCCGGAGGAAGUCAGCACGAGCUCUCCGAGCGCCUGCAGCGCCGCUUCCCAGGCGCCCGGCUUCAGGGGCGGCGCCCGAACGUGCUGGAGUACCAGGUGCCCGCGGACUGGGCCGGCCUGGCCGACCUGUUGCAGGAGCUGGAGGACAGCAAGGCCGCCGGACACAUCCACCGCUACGCCCUGGCCCCGGCCUCGCUGGAGCAGGUGUUUGUGGAUUUUGCUGCUGAGCAGCAGCCGGCUCCUCCAGCCCCUCCCGAGCCUCCCGCCCGCGGCCACCAGCCACCGCCCCUGCCUGUCUGA